AUGUUGUCCUGGUUUGGGAACUCGGCGCAGUCCAGCGCAAGUGUCAGUACCAACGCUCAAGGUAUCCUAGACGACACGGAGCUUGAAGCUCCAGAAACACCGGCACCCGUCUUCGCAGUCCGAGCAUUCAAAUAUGCGUUAUUCGGUACCCCCAAACCCGGAAUCGACGGCCAACUCCUUCAUACUGAAGAAAAUAAACGCACGGAACCGACCGCGAAGGACGAGAUAAGCAGGCCUUCAUCUUUGCAUCGAGCUACUCGAUUCAAUGAGGACUCCCCUACAAAACCCAACAGCAUCCUCAUGACGCCUAGGGCUGGCACGAGUCGCAAGAAAAAUGUCUCUUUCCCCGCACAUGUCGUCGAUAACGAAGGCAAAACCUCUUCCUUUGCCGCGCGAUUGGCAACUCCAAAAGCCGUACCUGGGAAGUUCCCGAGUCCUUUCACACCAAAAACGAGGCCGUUGUUGCAAACGAGUCUAGAGGACGAGAAGACGAUCUCAAAGGAGACCAUUUUAAAGGCGAAUGCGCCAGAUCCCUUAGCAGUAUCAAACCAAACCGAACGAAGCAAUGCAUCGCCGGCCAAACCCAGGGCGAAAGACGAUACCGACCUUACGAUCGAUAUCGUGGAGCCUCGGUCGGAAUCUGGGAGGUACUGGAAGGAACAGUACAUUUCAUACUCCACCAAAAGCGAGAAGGAGAUGAAAAAACUUGUAUCCAAGCAUCAACUCGCGAAGAGCUAUGCAAAACGCAAAGAUGAAGAAGCCAUGGUGCUGACAUCCAAAUUGAGCGAAACCAAUCGAGAACACAGGGUCAAGGGGAGGGAAAUGUCCGAGCAAAUGAAGGAGCUCAAGCGGCAACUGCUGCGAGGGCACGACGAGAUCACCAGGUUGACUGCAGAAAUGACCAUUCUGAAGCGGAGACUGAACGAGUCUAGCCCAGCUGUAACGCCCCAUCAUUCGAGCGACGUCUGGGCGGAUCACGAUCUGCAAAAUGAGCGGACGAAGACAGAAGCACCAGGUGAUGAGGUCAGUCUCGUCUUGGACCGACGUUUUCAGGCCCUUCGACCGCAGAAUCGUCAUGGACGAAGCAGAACCGGCCGUGUUGCCCGUCAGAUCCUUCGCCCGCGCGAUGCAAACCUGGCGUCGCCGGCGGAUCAGCAGGGAGACGGGGCACAGGUUGCUUCUGCCACAAUAUCCGACAAAUCCCUGCCUCAUCGCCCUCCAUGCACAAAUACACCACGGAUGGCCGGUGUAUCACGCCAAUCCACGUCCGAUGUCGGCGCCGACGCUGAGAAUCGACCUCCAAAUACGCAGUGUCGUCCGGAGCAAGCACGCGUGGAAGUCCGAGAUGGAAAUUUGCCGACAGCGCCGGCAGGUUUCAAAGAGGUGCGAACCCAAUGGGAACCGUCCAGUAUUCCAGGCAUGGACAGCGAAAUCGACUUGUCAAGAUUGUCACGGAUAAAUCUUUCGAGGACACCUCUACCUCAGGAGAAAACUGCAGCUGCAAGAGCAAGACUUAGGGCCCGUCGAGACGAAAACGCAGCAAGGAGGAAGAAAGCAUAA